AUGUCGUCUUCCAGGAAUCAUCCACCUGGAAUUUGUGUUUUUUUUGGAAACAGUGUGAAUUUAUUGCAGAAAUUGGUUGAUAUUGCAUUGGAUGGGGGUUUGAUAGUGAAAGAAGCGAUCGAAUUUGUGUUGCAACAGGCGAAACGUGAAACACCUUUCAUCAGAACAUCUGUCGGCGAGGUAAAUUCUGCAAUCUUUGCAGAAUGUUAG